UCUUUCUUGAACCAGAUUCAUCUCAUCUAGUUUGUUCAUCUCUUUAUUUCCUAAUCAUUUCUUGAUAUUGUUAUUAGGAUUUUUUAUCUUUUCGUACAGUUGUCUUUACAAAACACACGUGUCUCAUCCAAAUAUGGUUUUAGUUUUCUUCCCUUUUUUCCUGGGAAUUUAAUGUUCCCAAGUUGGCUUAGAAUGGUUCCUUCAUUGAUAUAGUCACGGAUUCAUAAUCUCAAAGUUCUGAGAUUUCUCGUGCUCUUAGAUUUGAUAAAGAAGAAGCAAAAUGGGUUAUGGUGACUCAAGAUCUGUCAGAUUUCAAGAAGAUCAAGAAGUUGUUCAUGGAGUUGAACCUGGAGUUAAGGUCAAGUUUAAAAUCAAUGGAACUCAAAUAAAGAAUGUGAAGAUGAUGAGUAAAGGGAAGUCUUUGAAAGCUAAAGUACUCUCUAGAGUGUUUUCUGAGGAUCUUGAGAGGGUUAAGACCAAGAUACUCGAUCCUCGGGGACAAACGAUACGGAAAUGGAACAAGAUUUUCCUCGUAGCAUGUUUGGUUUCUCUGUUUGUCGACCCUUUGUUUUUUUUCUUACCGGUGAUGAGGAAUGAAGCAUGUAUCACCAUUGGUAUCAGGCUUGAAGUGGUUCUUACACUCAUUAGAUCUUUAGCUGAUGCUUUUUACAUCGCUCAGAUUCUUAUACGUUUUAGAACAGCUUAUAUUGCACCUCCUUCUCGUGUAUUCGGUAGAGGAGAGCUUGUGAUUGAUUCAAGAAAGAUUGCUUGGAGAUAUCUUAACAAAAGCUUUUGGAUUCAUCUUGUUGCUGCUUUACCUUUACCUCAGGUUUUGAUUUGGAUUAUAAUCCCAAAUCUAAGAGGCUCACCAAUGACAAACACUAAGAACGUUCUUAGAUUCAUUAUCAUUUUCCAGUAUGCUCCAAGGAUGUUCUUGAUAUUCCCGCUAUCUCGCCAGAUCAUUAAAGCCACCGGUGUUGUUACAGAGACCGCUUGGGCAGGAGCCGCUUACAACCUUAUGUUAUACAUGCUAGCAAGCCAUGUUUUAGGAGCUUGUUGGUAUUUGCUUGCAGUAGAGAGGCAAGAGGCUUGUUGGAGACAUGCUUGCAACAUCGAGAAACCGGUUUGUCAAUAUAGAUUCUUUGAGUGCAGAGGACUGGAGGAUCAACAAAGAAAUUCUUGGUUUGAGUGGAGCAAUAUAACAACAAUAUGUAAACCUGGAACUAAGUUUUAUGAGUUUGGUAUAUUCGGAGAUGCAGUAACAUCAGGUGUUACUUCAUCAAAGUUCAUAAACAAGUACUUUUACUGUCUCUGGUGGGGAUUAAAGAACCUCAGCUCUUUGGGACAAAACCUCGCCACGAGCACUUACGCUGGCGAAAUCCUCUUCGCCAUCAUUAUUGCGACUCUCGGGCUUGUUCUGUUUGCAUUGCUUAUUGGUAAUAUGCAGACAUAUUUACAGUCAACCACAAUGAGACUUGAAGAGUGGAGGAUAAGAAGGACAGAUACAGAACAGUGGAUGCAUCAUAGACAACUUCCCCCAGAGCUAAGACAAGCUGUAAGAAAAUAUGAUCAAUACAAGUGGCUAGCCACACGAGGAGUUGAUGAAGAAGCUUUAUUGAUAAGUCUUCCUCUUGAUCUCCGAAGAGAUAUCAAACGCCAUCUUUGUUUCGAUCUUGUUCGCCGUGUACCAUUGUUUGAUCAAAUGGACGAAAGAAUGCUUGACGCGAUUUGCGAGAGACUAAAACCGGCAUUAUGCACUGAAGGAACGUUUCUUGUAAGAGAAGGCGACCCGGUUAACGAAAUGCUCUUCAUCAUUAGAGGUCAUCUUGAUUCUUACACAACCAAUGGAGGCAGAACAGGAUUCUUCAACUCUUGUCUCAUAGGACCAGGAGAUUUCUGCGGCGAAGAGUUGCUUACAUGGGCAUUAGACCCUCGUCCCGUUGUGAUCUUACCGUCUUCCACACGCACAGUUAAAGCCAUUUGUGAAGUUGAAGCCUUUGCACUGAAAGCUGAAGAUUUACAAUUUGUGGCUUCACAGUUUAGAAGACUACACACUAAGCAAUUAAGACAUAAAUUUCGGUUUUAUUCGCAUCAAUGGAGGACUUGGGCGGCUUGUUUUGUACAAUCUGCUUGGAGACGGCACAAGAAGAGGAAGGACAAGACUGAGCUUAGGGCAAAAGAGGAGUUUAACUAUAGGUUCGAGGCUGCGACGGCUAGGCUAGCCGUGAACGGUGGGAAGUUCACACGUAGUGGUUCAGAUUCUGGUAUGAUGUCUUCGAUUCAAAAACCAGUAGAACCAGACUUUUCUAGUGAAUGAGUUAGAUGAGCUCUUUUACUUUAUAAAAGAUGAAACAUAAAAACAAAAUGACAUGUAAUUAUGAGAGGGUUAUAAGGAAUUUUCAAAACAAGUA